AAUUUGCAAAAAUGAGGAAUAAAAAGAUAUUGAAAAAAAAAAAAAAAAGCCCCGGGCAAUAACCAGAAUGAUCAAAAACAGGUGAAAGUUAGUUCAAGUUUCGCUCAACUCUUCCUUCCCCUGCUUUUCUCUUCGAUGUAAUCGAGGCUCUCUCUCAAACCCAAAAACAACAACACUCUCUUCACUCCCUUCUUCUUUCUCUCUCCUCUAAUCUAAUCACACACACAAAUUACAGAGCUUUCAACAAUGGCGAACCUAUUAAACCUCAAAACCACAACAUUCCUCCCAUCAUCCAAUUCUCUCCGCCACACUCAACGCCUCCCCACCCACCUCCUCGCAACCCGACCCACAACCCGAAUCCGGGCCAAAAUCCGCGAAAUCUUCAUGCCAGCACUCUCCUCCACCAUGACUGAGGGCAAAAUCGUCUCUUGGAUCAAAUCCGAAGGCGAUAAGCUCUCAAAGGGCGAUUCCGUUGUUGUGGUUGAAUCUGAUAAAGCUGACAUGGAUGUUGAAACCUUCUACGAUGGUUUUCUCGCGAAGAUUAUUGUUGAUGAAGGGUCUUCUGCUCCUGUUGGGUCCGCCAUUGCUCUUCUUGCUGAGUCUGAAGCCGAAAUCGCCGAUGCCAUUGCUAAGGCUAUGAAUGCUUCGCCUCCGGCUUCUAAUUCUUCGGAGUCUCCGCCAUCUCCGGCAGUAGUGGAAAUUAGGGAGAGUCUCAAAGCUCCGGUGGUGAAGGAGGAGAAGAAGGAGGGAGGAUUGAGUGUUUCGACUCAUCCGGCGUCGGAGGGAGGGAAGAGAGUGGUGGCGUCGCCGUAUGCGAAGAAAUUAGGGAAGGAAUUAGGGGUUGAUUUGAGGAGUGUGGUUGGGAGUGGGCCUCAAGGGAGGAUUGUUGCUAAGGAUGUUGACGCGGCGGCGGCAGCGGCGGCUGAGAAGAAGGUUGUUUCGAAGGAUGCUCCGGUGGCGAAGGCGGUGGAGUUAGGGGAAACGGUGCCGUUUACGACAAUGCAGAAUGCUGUGAGUAGGAAUAUGGUGGAGAGUCUUAGUGUGCCUACAUUUAGGGUUGGAUAUACUAUUACUACUGAUGCUCUUGAUGCUUUGUACAAGAAGUUGAAGUCGAAGGGGGUGACAAUGACGGCAUUGCUAGCAAAGGCAACAGCUUUGGCUUUAAUUAAGCAUCCUGUGGUGAAUUCAAGCUGUAGAGAUGGAAAAAGCUUUACUUAUAAUAGCCAUAUUAAUAUUGCGGUUGCUGUGGCGAUGGAUGGUGGAUUGCUUACCCCAGUGCUCCAAGAUGCUGAUAAGGUUGAUAUCUACACACUUUCUAGAAAGUGGAAGGAGUUGGUUGACAAGGCUCGGGCCAAGCAGUUGCAACCUCAUGAAUACAGUACAGGUACUUUUACUUUAUCUAAUCUUGGAAUGUUUGGUGUGGACCGCUUCGAUGCUAUUCUUCCACCCGGAACUGGAGCAAUAAUGGCUGUUGGUGCAUCUCAACCAAAUGUCGUUGCCAGUAAAGAUGGUCGGAUAGGCAUGAAGAACCAGAUGCAGGUGAAUGUUACUGCUGAUCAUCGUGUUAUAUAUGGUGCUGAUCUUGCUGCUUUCUUGCAAACUCUAGCUCAAAUUAUUGAGGAUCCUAAGGAUCUGACAUUAUAGUUUACUCCCUUCCGAAUUUGAUACAUAACUUCCAAGUUGAGAUAUUCUGUCCUCAAAUGAUGCUUCCCAAAUUACGAGUGCUGGUAACUGAGUGGAGGAUUUAGUAUACAUUAUAAGCUUAUGACUGGAUUACUGAUGGAAUAUUUUUUUGAAAGAAUUGCUCUUGUGUUUUUCUCCACUGCUGGUCUCCUAUGAAUCCGGAAACGUCUGGAUUGUUGUUUGUCCACAUCAUUGUCUAAUCUGUUUCAUGUAUCAUUGUCUUUUGAUAGUUCUAGCAGUAUUUGAGAUAUUUAACCAUAUGAACUAUUGACAAAUAAUGUCUAAUAUAAUGGCUGCCCUGUUUCAAUAGUGCCUA